AUGAGCACCAGAGGCAACCGGAAGUCCAGAAAAACGGCCAAAGAGCCUGCCGAGACUCUCAAGUAUGUGCGAUUUGACGGUCUGCGCAAGGCAGCAGAGUUUUCACUGCAGGAAACUGUCAAAAAGUUCAACGUUGAGAAGCUCGUUGAAUGCUAUCCCGGGGUCGAUCGCGAGACUUUGACGGAUUUCCAUCAGCAAAUCACCAAAAUGUGGACCAGCAAAGCUUUGGACGAGUUCCAGGGCAUUUUUUUGGAAAAAGACCUAGAACAUAAACUCAAUGAGCUUGACGAGAUAAUAUUCGAGUCGCGACAACGGCAACAGCGCAACGACCCACCAUUUCCAAUCCACAAACUCAGUGCCGCAGAAAUCGUGCAGACGAAACUCGCAGACGCCAAGCAACAGUCGAUCAGCACGUUAAGUGAAAAGCUGGAGCUGUUGCGGCAGGAAAACAAUGCUCUGGUCAGCCAGGUGAGACAGAUGUACGACGAAAGCGCGCAAAACUUUCAGGCAGUGGAGCAGUCUGUUUUGCAUCUGGAGGAACUGGAUCGGAUGAGAGACCAGUUGAGCGACGAGCGGUUCAAGCAGCUGCUCAAGUAUAUCACCGAGAAAUGUUUCUAG